GCAAUCAGUUUUCAGGAGGGGCCAGUGCCCCCAUGGCCCCUCCCCUGGCUACGCCACUGCUCUCCAGCGAGCUAAAGCCAAGAUGGAGGGUCUGUGCUCAUUGAGUACAGGAACAAGUCCCCGCACGCCACCCAUUGCUUUCAAAUGAAGAGGAUUUAUUCCCGACCAGUCAACUUGAUUUUGGAAAUCGACACUGAUACGUUUGUUUGGGGAGUUUUUUUUUUUUUUUUUUUUUUGCAGGAGAAUCAUUGAUCCGAGGAUGAGUUCAGGGGAGGGAGAGGACUCAUCUAAGGAGGCGACCGACAUAGCGGCGUUUUUUAAAUCCGAAUGUUCUCUUCCAAAAUGUGAACCUAAGCUUGAGUUACCCAGUCACACAGGGUUCCACAGAAAUGAAGACAUGAAGGCCAUUGAAGUUCUUCCCAUCCUAAAAGAAAAGGUAGCAUUCCUAUCAGGUGGAAGAGAUCGUCGUGGAGGGCCAGUCCUUAUAUUUCCUGCCAGGAGUAAUCAUGACAGAAUACGACAGGAGGACCUCAGACGACUUAUUGCGUACCUUGCAGGCAUUCCUAAUGAGGAGGUGAGCAGACAUGGCUUCACAGUCAUCGUGGAUAUGCGCGGAUCCAAAUGGGACUCUAUCAAACCUCUGCUGAAGAUCCUACAGGAAUCAUUUCCCUCCUGCAUCCACGUUGCUCUCAUCAUCAAGCCUGACAACUUUUGGCAGAAACAGAGGACAAAUUUCGGCAGUUCCAAGUUUGAAUUUGAAACCAUCAUGGUGUCCCUUGAGGGUUUGACCAAACUGGUUGAUCCUUCCCAGCUGACUCCAGACUUCGAUGGCAGUCUGGAUUAUGACCACGAGGAUUGGAUCGAAGUUCGAGUGGCAUUUGAAGACUUCACGAGCAAUGCUGCUCGCAUCCUUUCCCGUUUGGAAGAACUCCAGGACUUGGUGUCUCAGCGGGAGCUUCCGUUAGACCUGGACGGGUCUCGUCGUGCUAUAGAGGAACAUGCCUCACUGAAGAAAAAGGUUACUAAAGCUCCUGUGGAGGAGUUAGAUACUGAGGGUCAGCGAUUGCUUCAACGAAUCCAGUGUGGGGAAAAAGGCAGAGGAGAUAUCCAGGGAAUAGCUCCAAAAGUUCAAGCACUUCUGGAUAAACUUCACGGCACACGACAACAUCUGCACCAAUCCUGGCACAUGCACAAAGUCAAACUCGAUCAAUGCUUCCAGCUAAGACUCUUUCAGCAGGAUGCAGAGAAGAUGUUCGAUUGGAUCGUCCAUAAUAAAGGCCUGUUCCUGACAACCUACACAGAGAUAGGAGCCAACCAUCAGCAUGUGCUCGAGCUGCAGACCCAGCACAACCACUUUGCAAUGAAUUGCAUGGUAAGGCUGUGCCCAGUGGUCCAGAAGUAAUAUGUGUCACCACCUGAGGCAUUAUAACAGUGUAGCUUGAUGUGUGUUACAUCAUUUAAAUGAUGUGUGUUUGUUUGUGCACGUGCCCUGACUCACUUAGUCAUGCAAGAAUGAAUUUUCUGUUGUCAUAUGAUAUGUGUAUAUAUAAUGCUUGAAGGGUAUAUAAUACCACAGGAGAACAGUCAUGUGCAUAUACUUCACAUCACAUCACGUGUGUGUGUGUGUGUGUGUGUGUGUUUGUGUGUGUGUGUGUGU